AUGCAACAAGCAAUUUCAUAUAAAAACAUCCUCUUUCAAUAGCUUAUAAUAUUUCAACUACAAACAUUUUAAGUUUCCACUAAUCAUGGGUCUAAUCGCCUGUAGAGCGUGUGUGUUUGUUUUGGUAUUUGCUUUGGUCACAAAUUUUACUAUGGGAGACACAGAGUUUGGUGAUGAGAAGCCCUUGUUUUCUCACCCUCACCCUCGUCCUCUCCUCCACAAGAAGGGCUUCAAAAAAGGCUUCGGCGACUUAGGUGGUGGUAUCAGCGGUGGAGGCGGCUUUGGAGCAGGUGGCGGUUGGAUUGGAGGCAGUGUUGGAGGCUUUGGUGGAGGAAUAGGCAGUGGAUUUGGUGGAGGAGGAUUCGGAGGUGGAGUCGGAAAAGGAGUUGAUGGCGGAGCCGGUAAAGGAGUUGAUGGUGGAGCCGGAAAAGGAUUUGAUGGAGGAAUCGGUAAAGGAGUUGACGGUGGAGCUGGAAAAGGAUUUGACGGAGGAGCCGGUAAAGGAUUUGAUGGAGGAGCCGGUAAAGGAUUUGAUGGCGGAGUCGGAAAAGGAUUUGAGGGCGGAGUCGGUAAAGGAUUUGACGGCGGAGCCGGUAAGGGAGUUGACGGUGGAGCCAUAGGAGGAAUCGGCGGAGGAGCCGGUAAAGAAAUUGGCGGAGGAAUCGGCGGUGGAGGUCACUGAGAAUUUGUUAAACCGUAAUGUGCAUUGAUAAGAAGCUAAAAUCCAAUGCAUGUAUAUGUUGUCAUUUAUGAAAUCUCUAAUUCGUUAAAAUUUAAAUAUGCAAUAAUAACUGAAAUGUAUGUCAUUUCUCUUUAGUUUGUUUUCCUCUUUGAAAUGAUUGUAUCUUGCUUCUUCGUGUAAAUAAAGUGAAUAACGAUUAAACAAA